GACACGGUGAACUUGGCGGUGUUGUUGUCCAUUUGUCCCGCAUCAUUGCCGCAGCGACCUGCUAAAGCAGCUCGCGUGCACAGAGCCCGUGACCCGGAGUCAUGGCUGCAGCGCGCAGCUUUGCAGGACUCCUGCUUUUUGCUUCGGCUCAUGGCCAGGUGAAGAGGUACCAUGUCGUUGAAGAAUUUGUGGGACCAGACUUCUUCAAGUCCUGGAACUUCUACUCGGGCUCGGACCCCACACAUGGCACAGUGAACUUUGUCACCGAGGAGCAGGCAUGGCAGAGCCAGCUGCUCUCCGCAUCCGAGUAUGGCGUUGAGAUGCGGGCGGACAGCACCACCAAGCUGGGAAGCGAAGGUGGGCGAAAAGCUGUGAGGAUUGAGAGCAAGAACAGCUACAAUAGCGGCCUUUUUGUCCUCUCCUUGGACCAUGUGCCCACGGCCUGUGGUGCGUGGCCCGCGUUCUGGAUGUUUGGUGAUGAUGCUCAACACUCUUGGCCGCGCUGGGGGGAGUACGACAUCCUGGAGUCCAUCCACACGCUGAAUUACGCGACGACCACUCUUCACACCCGCGAAAGCUGCGAUCAGCGUGAUGUGAACAACGGCAUUGACUUUGUUGGCCAGGGUUGGGCCGCCGGCUCUCUUGGCAACAACAAGGCCAAGAAUUGCUGGGUGAAGGCUCCGCAGGAGUACGAUAAUCAAGGCUGCGGCCAGAAAUUGCCGGCAGGAUCUUUUGGAGAAGGCUUCAACCAGAAUGGAGGUGGGACUUUCGUGGCAGAAUGGGACCGGGAGGACCGGAAGUUCAUGCGCACUUGGUUUUUCCCCAAAGGCAAGGAGCCCAUUGACCUCAUUGUCCGUUCUCCUGAGCCCGAUCUGUGGGGGACCCCGAAUUCUUUCUUCACCCUGCAUGAGCGAUGGUGCACAGCUGACCACUUCAAGAAUAUGCGGAUGGUUUUCGACACUACGUUCUGCGGCGACUACGCUGGCAGCACCUUUGCUGCCAUGUGCCCAUCGAUCAAGACCACCUGCGAAGACUAUGUCAGGAAUCACCCCGAGGCAUUUAGCGAGACUUUCUGGAACAUCCAGCGCUUGGAUGUCUACCAGAAGCUGGACGGCGCCCAGCUGGCUGCUAUGGCACCAGUCGACUUGGUGGAGGAAAGGCCCCAUGGCCAUGGCGUGGCAACAUUUCUCAUCACUCUGACCCUUCUUGUGGCGGCUGGAGCCGCUGGGUAUUAUUUCUACCACAAGAAUGACAAGGUGAAGACUCGAGUCGAUGACUGUAUUGAGGCUGCAGGCCUCACGGAGACUUUACAGCAGGUUCAGGAAACUUGCCACGGGGGCUGGCAGCGUAUGAAGGACUCUCUCAACCCUCGCGGGGAGAGUGAUGGCGAGACCCCGCCCGACACCCCGGUGACCUCGCCGCGUGCGCUGGCGGCUGCGCCGCCGCCAAAGCAGAGCGGCUCGCCGACUCCAGGACUCGCCGGCCAGCUGCAGAACUGGACGGCGGCAGCAAGUUACUACGCAAGCAGUCUGCGGGGAAGUCCCGCAGUACCUGCAGGGGGCAGCUUCCCAAGCUCAAACAACAGCUCGCUGCAGCGCCAUGCGGCUGCGCAGCCGGACCACCACGACGUUCCCAUGCCUUUGAUGUGGCAGCCGGCAAGGAGCCGGGAGUUGUCCGGCUUAGUGCCGACGCCGAGCAGCCGGCAGAGCUCCCUGAUGCACCAUCAGGUCUCGCACGUAUCAUCUGGGCGCGUGCAGGCAUUGAACUCUGGAUCGCUGCCUGCAGUGAGCCACACAAGCUCCCUUACCACGCAGCGACCUGCAACAAGGUGAGUGCUGAGCGGCUGACCGCACAGCUUCUGGAUUUGCAGUGCAGUUGCUGGGCCACUGUCCAAGUUCCAUUGCUUAACCAAAGGCCACGGACAGCUCAGAUAGACGCCUAGAUUCUGCAGUUUGAGUUGGACAAUUUGAAUUUGCAAAAUAGCAUCUUUUUCCUGGAGCUCACCUGGCUGGGCCAACGCGGCGUUUUGGAUGUCUUGCCUUCCGUCCGGCCAAGAGCUCAUGCCACGCACUGUG